CACUCUUCAUCAUGUCGGUUGUCGAAGAAGCCACUGACGACGCGCUCUACCCGAUUGCCGUGCUCAUUGACGAGCUGCGCAACGAAGAUGUCACGUUGCGACUGAACAGCAUUCGCAAACUCUCCACAAUCGCUUUGGCGUUGGGUGUGGAGCGCACACGCAACGAGCUCAUCCAAUUUUUGACCGACACGAUUUACGACGAAGAUGAGGUUCUGCUUGUGCUCGCCGAGCAACUCGGAAAUUUCACUCCAUUGGUCGGUGGUCCAGAUCAUGUUCAUUGUCUUCUCCUUCCACUUGAGAACUUGGCCACAGUCGAGGAGACCGUGGUCCGUGACAAAGCCGUUGAGAGUCUCCGCAAAAUCGCCGACAAGCACAGCUCGGCCUCAUUGGAGGAGCAUUUCGUGCCGAUGCUCAGACGUUUGGCCACUGGAGACUGGUUCACAUCCCGUACCUCGGCUUGUGGGCUUUUCUCUGUUGUUUAUCCACGUGUCAGUCCAGCUAUCAAGUCGGAAUUGAAGAGCAUGUUCCGAACCCUGUGCCGUGAUGACACCCCAAUGGUUCGCCGUGCUGCUGCUGCAAAGCUCGGAGAGUUCGCAAAGGUGUUUGAGAAGACUGCCGUCAUCGAGGGUCUCCACUCCAGUCUCACUGAUCUUCAUGUUGAUGAGCAAGAUUCUGUUCGUUUGCUCACUGUCGAGUCAGCCAUCGCUUUCGGAACUCUCCUCGAUAAGGCUAACAAGAAGAAACUCAUCGAGCCAAUUCUCAUUGAAUUGUUCGAUGACAAGUCGUGGAGAGUUCGUUAUAUGGUUGCCGAGAAGCUUAUCGAGAUUCAGAAUGUCCUCGGUGAGGAUAUGGAUACCACACAUCUCGUUAACAUGUACACGAACCUUCUCAAGGAUCCAGAGGGUGAGGUUAGAUGUGCUGCCACUCAGAGACUUCAGGAAUUCGCUCUCAACUUGCCAGAGGACAAGCGUCAGAACAUUAUCUGCAACUCACUGCUCAACGUUGCCAAGGAAUUGGUUACUGAUGGGAAUCAGCUCGUCAAGUCGGAACUCGCCGGUGUCAUCAUGGGACUUGCUCCACUGAUUGGCAAGGAACAAACUGUCUCUGAGCUUCUCCCAAUCUACAUGCAGUUGCUUAACGAUCAAACCCCAGAAGUUCGCCUCAAUAUUAUUUCCAGUCUUGAUAAGGUCAAUGAAGUGAUCGGAGCAGCUCAAUUGUCCACAUCCCUCUUGCCAGCCAUCGUUGGAUUGGCCGAGGAUGGAAAAUGGAGAGUUCGACUCGCAAUUGUUCAAUUCAUGCCACUUCUUGCUUCCCAGUUGGGACAAGAAUUCUUCGAUGAGAAGUUGCUUCCGCUUUGUUUGAACUGGCUUACCGACCAUGUGUUCUCAAUCCGCGAGGCAUCGACCCUCAUCAUGAAGGAACUGACACAGAAGUUUGGAGGACAAUGGGCUAGCACGAAUAUUGUACCAAAAAUGCAGAAACUUCAGAAGGACACCAACUACCUGCAGAGAAUGACAUGCUUGUUCUGUUUGAAUACACUCAGUGAGGCGAUGACUCAGGAGCAGAUUCUGAAGGAGAUUAUGCCAAUUGUGAAAGAUCUUGUCGAGGAUGACGUGCCGAAUGUCAGAUUCAACGCCGCAAAGAGUUUGAAGCGAAUUGGAAAGAACUUGACCCCAAGUACAUUGACGUCCGAGGUGAAGCCACUGCUCGAGAAGCUCGGAAAAGAUUCAGACUUUGACGUUCGAUACUUUUCAGAGGAAGCCAAGAACUCACUCGGCUUGUAAUCGAACAUAUCGCUAGUCAAAUUGGAAUCUCUACAUCUUCCACUUCUCAAUCGUCUUAUUUUUCCAUUUUUGUUCCCGAGCACGCGAAUAAUCUCUAUCUCUCCUCAUUCAUUUGUAAAUGUUUAGCCCUCGAGACAAAACUCUGUAUUGUAAUAGUUCUAACCACCGUCCCUCCCACAACAAAACAAUACAAAUUAUAAUCGUUAAAUUAUGCGACCUCUCUUUAUGAUUAUUUUCAUUUUCCUCCCACUUCUAUCCCGUAUAUUUCACCAUCCUACUUCUUUCUGUUCUUUUUCCACCACACACAAUCACCACUUUUUCCAUUGCGACCCAUUCAUUCAUUUAUUUUUUUUGCAGAAUAAAAGGUCAUCGUCU